AUGAUGCUGUUGUCUUUUUCAAAAAAUACUUUACAUAAAGUUAUAUCAAGAAAUACAUUUCUUCGAUCAAAAUCUGCAUGGCUAAAUCAAAAAAAAACACUUAAAAAUGAAAAAGAAAUUGAUGUUGAAGCAUUGUAUGUCAGUAAUGAUGUUCAAGUACUAUUGAAAAAUCUUACAGGUCUAGAUAUUUCAAACAAAAUUUUUACAGAAAAAAAGGUUCAUUCUUUAGAACGUUCUCAUUUUGCUUUGAUGACAGAUGAAGCUUAUCAAAAGACUCUUGAAAAAAUGAAAAAUAUAGGACAACAAUUUUUACAAUUUGUUCCUUUAAAAGAACCUCGUUCAAAAAAUGUAGAAAUUUUAGACAGUGAUCCAGAUAUUGCUAAUUUUGAUAGCUCCAAAUUUAUAUUUACCGAUAUCACAUUCGAUGCUACAGAUCUUGAUCGUACAGUUGUUGUUCGUGAAACUGAUGGAACACUAAGAUCUGCCACUCCAUCAGAACAUGAUCGUAUGAAUCGUUUCUUCUACGAAAAACCAAAUCGUCCAGUUUUUGAACCAGCAGUUUUCUCGGGUGAUGAUCUUAAGAAUGCAUUAAAUUCAAUGAAACAUGAAUUUGUAUUAGAUUGGGCUUGUUGGUUCUAUGAACCAGAUGAUCCAAAUUAUGUAGCAUUAUCAAAAGAAGUAUUUGAUGAAAUUAUAAGUAAUAAAAAAUUUGAUAUACUUUAUUCAACAAGACAUUAUGGUCAAUUUGCCUUUUAUUGUGCUUUAAAUGGAGAAAUAAUUGAUUUAUUAAAUUAUUAUGGAAAAAAAGAAAGUUUGACAGAUGCAGCUAAUUUUAUUAAGUUGUACAAAAUUAUACAUCCUAACUGGAGAACUACUAUUAGUACCGAAGAUGAUGAUUUAAAAGUAGUUAGUGAUUUUAUAUAUCAAAAAAUUAUUCCAAAAGAAAAGUUACAUGAUUUAGUAAGUCUUGUAGCAAAAACAAAAAGAAAUUGUUUAUAG